AUGAUCGUAGAUCACUCUCUUGAUCAUGAAGACAUCAGCGGGGUGGUUGUCGGCGUCGUGAGCGUGUUUCUUAUAUUGAUCACGUUGGCUGUUGCUGCGAGGGUAUAUACUCGACUUGUUAUCCUCAGGACCUUUGGUCCGGACGACUAUGCGGCGGUACUGUCCCUGUUCUUCACAUUUGCCUGCGGCCUGGUCAUUGGCCUGAUGGUUCGUCAUGGUUCCGGGAAGCACAUCUGGACUUUGCAGCCUAGUGAUGUCGAAGCCUACUUAAUCGAAUUUUAUCUCAGCAUCGUGUUCUAUAAUGCAGCCAUCAUGGCAACCAAGGCUGCAUUUCUACUCCAAUACUAUCGAGUCCUAGCGGUCAACAGGGCGAUGAAGCGCAUCUACUUGGGGUUCUUGGUCUUGAUCGCAUCUUGGUGCUUUGGCUUUGUCCUGGUCGCCAUCUUUCAGUGCUCGCCGAUUUCCGACUUUUGGUCAAGUGCGCCAACAAGAAACUGCUUACCUAAUAUGCCCUACUGGAAUGUCCAAGGCGUCGGUCAUAUCAUCACCGACAUCCUGGUCUUCACACUCCCACUACCGGCCCUCUACCAACUGCACAUCAACGGGACGCAGAAACUGGUACUGAUGGGCAUCUUCUCCCUCGGGUUCUUCGCAUGCGCAAUCUCGGUCAUCAGGCUUAGGUAUCUGGUCGUCGCCGAGGACGUCACAUGGGACAACACCGUGCCAUCAGUUUGGUCAACCACCGAGGUCAGCAUCGGCCUGUUGUGCGCCUGCCUCCCGACUCUACGGCCGCUGGUGGGUCGCAUUUUCCCCAAGCUCAUAUCGACCUUCAACAAGAGCACGGCGGGACCCGGCGGCGAGAGUGGCGUCGGAACCGGAUAUCACACGGGCGGAAGCAAACUUGGCCGUGGCAAGAGCAAAAACCGCAGCCUGGCGACUGCAUCUUCGACCUUUUCUAAGCCUCACUCCAGCUACCGUGAGAACAGCGGUAGCGUGGAGAGGCUGCGCGUGGACGUCAACGGGGCCGAGUCUUCGUCCUCGAUGAAGGAUGCUAGCUUCCUUGACGACAUCAGCGAGACGGGAUCGCCUCACGCGUUCAACAUGCAGACGUUUGGCACAAAGACCAAGGUCAGCACCGGCAGGGGCGGCAACGGGGGUAAAGAGCAUUCGCAAGAGUUGCCUUCACUACCAUCUGGUCAGAUCCGGGUUUAUAGGGAUGUUUACCAGACUCAAUCCUGA